UAAAAUUGUUACUACUUUUUUAUUCCCUUUUGUGUACAGGAUUAUUAAGUAAACCGCCUGAGGAGUUUGAAGAUGCUAACUAAGUGGAGUGAAAUUGACUUCUCAUGAGAUGGAAAAUUAUUGUGUAGCCCUAACAUGAAAGUCUCAAACUUCUAAAAGCUUCCAGCUUAGACGACAUAGGCCAUGUCAUUACAUUGUGUGAAUCACUGCUGAAGUAGUUGAAAUAUACUUUGCUUAAAAUCGUUCGAUUUCAGUUCUCUGUCAGACAGGCAAAAACGUGUUUAGUUACAUAUUAACAUCAAACUUUUGGUGAAAUAUAUUCUUCACUAAAUAUUACCAAAGGAGUUAAUCGCCUCUUUCUGUAAUUACUGCAGGAUCAGAUUUCUCCAUUUGUAUCUUCUGUUUUCUUACGUAGGUUGCUCCUUCCGGGUGUUUAUCAUAGAAAUGUUCUUCGGGCAACGUUACGAGAUUUUGGCAAGCACCUCACUGAUUCCGAAUUUGAUUCUUUGACUGUGGAUGGACUGAAAAAUGAAAUUCUGUCAGUCAUUCAACAUGAGGUGGGAGCUGAUAGUCCAAUUUCAAUACUUCAGAGAUGGAAAACCUUUUGUACCUGCUAUUUCAAUAAUUGGUGCAGAACGAAUGUAAUGUGUGGUUUGCUUAUUGAUUCAGCCACACAAGCUGUGGGUGUUAUUAGAAAAAACUCAGUCUCCAUGUGUCGUAGUCUGGAGGACAUAGAGCUUCUUGUUUCUGGAUCUUCUGAUGAACAUGGAGAUGUAAUAAGCUCUGGGUUGGACUCCUGUAAUAAUGAUCUUGAACGGGAAAUUCUUUCAGAGAUACUGCAGUGUGUUCGUAAUCUCAGUCAACAGUUGAGCAAAGCAGCUCCUACCAUAUUUUAUGAGUCGCUUCUUAGAACACCAAAUAUAUCAUCUGAAGAGAUCAUUCCACGGUUGCUUAAAAAUUUAGAAAGUGGAUAUAGCUCAUCAAUGGCAGCUCUCCAUGUAUCCGAACUUGGAACUGAUGUAGCACUGGAUAAAGAAAUUUCCUACCACAAAAGACUCAGAAAAUUCUCAAUAGAUAUGCUUUUAUCCCUACACAACUUGUGCAGUAGAGCUACCAAAUGGGGGAGAGUUUUGCAUGUUAUUGAGAGCUACUUGAAAUUUCUCGUGCCUCGAAAAUAUGAACAUAACUUGGAUUCUGAUGGACUCUUCACAGUCAGCACUGCCCUUACAGUUCAGGCGACUUCUCAGGUUGCUAAAGUGAUGUUUGAAUCUGCAUUGGACGUGCAUUUGCUUCUAAGCUACAUGGUUAACAGUAGCAGUCAGAUUGGCAUGUCAGAGGAUGAGGUUUCAAGAGUUAAAAUUGAGUUAGUUCCAAUGAUCCAAGAGGUUCUUACUGAGUGGCAUAUCGUCCAUUUCUUCAGUACCACACCAUCUGAAUCUCCUCUUCUUGAAGACUUCAGCAGUCAACUUUCAUCUUUACAGCUUGAUGGCAAUGUUGAUCGGAGAUCAUGGAAUGAGAAACUUGGUAAAUCUGAAUUCACAUUGGCCUUCAUUCUGUUACUUGGAGGUCAUAGCAGUCCAUCUUUCAGACAUCUGCCUGAUCCCAGCAGUCUAAGUAGUUCAGUACAAGAAUUUGCUAGCUGGAUAAUAUGGGGGAGAACAGGAGCAGAACCGUCUGUUUUCUUCAGUCAUUCGGUUGGCCUUGCUCUAGUGUUACUUAGACAUGGGCAAUAUGAUGCUGUUGAGUAUGUACUCGGUUUGGUGGAUACGUAUUCACGCAAGGAGAAGAUCUUCCAAAGUCUUCAGAGCGAUGGUGGGGAGUGGUCCACUCUGUUGCAUCUUCUUGGUUGUUGCUUUGUUGCACAAAGCCAACGUGGUUUGCACGGAACAAUGAAAGAAAGAAAAAUUUCUGAAGCAGUGCGGUGCUUUUUUCGAGCUGCGUCUGUAGAAGGAGCUGCCAACGCUUUGCAAAGCUUGCCAAUUGAAGCAGGAUGGAUACACCUUGGUUUCUCUCAACAUGUGUCACCUGCUGCUUGGAAGCUUCAUUACUAUCAAUGGGCAAUGCAAAUAUUUGAACAACAUAACAUGAGGGAGGCUGCCUGCCAGUUUGCUCUUGCUGCACUUGAGCAAGUUGACGAAGCUCUUGGAUCUGGUAUUCUUGAUGAAUCAGCGACUGCUGUCAAGGGAAGACUUUGGGCUAACGUCUUCCAGUUCACGUUAGAUCUCAACUAUUACUAUGAUGCAUAUUGCGCAAUCAUUUCAAAUCCAGACGAGGAAAGCAAAACCAUUUGUCUGAGGCGUUUUAUAAUUGUUCUAUAUGAACGAGGAGCUGUGAAGAUUCUUUGCGAUGGCCAGCUACCAUUUAUUGGCUUAUCUGAGAAGGUGGAGCGAGAACUUGCUUGGAAGGCUGAGCGUUCUGAUGUUUCAGCCAAGCCAAACCCAUUCAAGUUGCUCUACGCAUUUGCAAUGCAGAGACAUAAUUGGCGGAGAGCAGCGAGCUAUAUUUACUUGUAUUCAGCACAAUUAAGAAUCCAUGGUGCAGUGAGAGAUCCCCAACGGCGAUCUUUUAUUCUGCAGGAGAGGCUAAAUGGGCUUUCUGCUGCUAUCAAUGCUCUACAGCUGGUUCAUCCUGCAUAUGCUUGGAUUGAUGCUCCACUUGAGGAAACUUGUUCUAAUAUGUAUCCAAGUAAAAAGGCUAGGAUAACCGUGGAAGAACAGUCUCCUGGUAAUGGUGCUCAGUCUCAAAGGCAAAGGUCAUACUUAGAUGUUGAAAAACUUGAGAAUGAGUUCAUUCUAACGUCAACUGAGUAUUUGUUGUCAUUGGCAAAUGUCACAUGGACUUUUGCAAGAAUUGAGGCACCCCCAAUGGAUGUAAUUGACCUUUUGGUUGAAUCAAACUUACAUGACAUGGCUUUUACAGUAAUUCUUAAAUUUUGGAAAGGGUCCGCUUUGAAGAGGGAACUUGAAAGAGUUUUUGCAGCUUUGUCAUUGAAAUGCUGCCCAAAAGAACUGCAAGCCCCAUCCAUUGGGAAUGGUCAGAGGAUGCACAAUCUUCUUUUGACCUUAUCGCAGGAUGAGAUUGUUGCUCAUGAAUCGCCUAAUGUUGGUCCAACUGCACACGAAUCUAAAGGCAGUAGCCAGUGGGAGACACUUGAGCUCUAUCUUGAAAAAUACAAAAAGUUUCAUGCUAAAUUGCCUGCUGUUGUUGCUGAUACUCUUCUUGCUGCUGAUCCUCAAAUUGAGUUGCCUCUUUGGUUGGUUCAAAUGUUCAAGGGUGUGCCAGCAAAAAGUGGUUGGGGAAUGGCAGGAAGUGAGUCAAAUCCUGCUUCUUUGCUUCGACUAUAUAUUGAUUAUGGUCGUUAUACCGAAGCGACUAAUUUGCUUCUCGAGUACAUUGAAUCCUUCGCAUCACUGAGACCAGCUGAUAUUAUUCGUCGUAAAAGGCCAUUUGCAGUUUGGUUCCCAUAUUCUUUGAUUGAGCGAUUAUGGUAUCAACUUCAACAAUCUAUCAAAAUAGGUCACAUGGUUGAUCAAAGUGAAAAGCUGAAAAAGUUGUUACAGGGUGCUCUAGUGAACCAUCUACAACAACUUAAAGUGGAUUCAGAUGAUGUGAUGUCUUCUGCAGUCUAGUCGUUACAGCCAGUUUCCAAUCUGUUGGCUUCCAUAGACUAUGCAGGAUUAAGGAGCCAUUGGGAUCCCAAAAAAAGCAGAAUGAUUGUGUCUAUAGUUUUGGAUUUGGGUGGCACACAAACUUUUAAGAACUCGAAGACAGUAGUUUGUUUUCCAAGUACUACUGACGUCUCCCGGCGACUCCAUCUGCAGAAAUGUACUGUUCACAUUGGAAGGUGUGUUUUGAAAUACAAGGCACCACCUCUAGAACACUUUCCAACCCUCCCCUAAAACAUGGGAUAACAGGAAAAAACUGCGUAUGCACUCGUCUGGAAUAUCCCCUAGUUGAUAAUGAGUUAUGGGUGAUAUUUGUUCUUGUUGUAAGUCUAACAUGAGUAGCUGCNUGUAAAUUCCAACUUGGGGCAGCUGAUCGGCCACUUAUAGCCAAGUCAAUGAAUGUAUCAGGUGUAAUUUUGUAGAUUUAACUUGGAAAGAUUUAAUGUAUUGUUCAAGUGCUUGAGUUUCUUUUUUAUAUAAUGAUUUAUUUCCUAGUUUACUUA